AUGCCCUCCUUUGUCGCUGUCAUGGAAACGUCUGGGUCUUCAGUCACUGAGUCAACCGACAUCAUCAAACCCGACGAUCCGUUCUCGGGUCCCCUAAAGUCUAUCGCGCCCUGGAAUUACACUUUCCUCGCGUGUCUGAUGUUCAUAGUGACUUCACUCUCUCUGACAGAGAACUUUACCGUGAUGCUCGUAACCCUUCGAUACAAACAGUUGAGAAAGCCGUUGAAUUAUAUCAUCGUCAAUUUAUCUGUUGCUGACUUUCUAGUUUCACUUAUAGGAGGCACCAUAAGUUUUUUAACUAAUGCGCACGGCUACUUCUUCCUCGGCGUCUGGGCGUGUGUGCUCGAGGGAUUUGCCGUCACUUUUUUCGGGAUUGUGGCGCUGUGGUCUUUAGCAAUCCUGGCAUUCGAGCGUUUUUUUGUGAUCUGUCGGCCUCUAAAAGACGUCCGCUUGGGUGGCAAACAUGCAGCUAUGGGUCUUGUUUUUGUAUGGAUCUUCUCCUUCAUAUGGACUUUUCCGCCAGUUGUGGGCUGGAACAGUUACACGAUCAGUAAGAUUGGCACCACCUGUGAGCCUAACUGGUACUCCACUGAUUACUAUGACCACACGUAUAUCAUCACCUUUUUCACCACCUGCUUUAUCCUUCCUCUCGGUGUGAUCAUUAUCUCAUAUGGUAAACUUAUGCAGAAACUCAGAAAGGUAUCGAACACGCAUGGAAGGCUGGGUAAUGCACGUAAACCUGACCGCGAGGUGGCACGGAUGGUCAUUGUGAUGAUAAUAGCAUUCAUGGUUGGAUGGACUCCUUAUGCUGCGUUCUCAAUUAUUGUCACCGCUUGUCCCACAAUCCACAUUGAUCCUCGCCUGGGCUCUGUUCCGGCCUUCUUCUCCAAGACAGCAGCUGUAUAUAAUCCCAUCAUCUAUGUGUUCAUGAACAAACAGUUCAGGAAGUGUCUGAUCCAGAUGUUCAAGGGCAAUGACAUCAGUUUGGACUCAACCAAUAUAAAUCAGACAUCUGACAAAGGGGCCAUCACUGCAACAGUUGACAGUCACCUCGUGGAGAUGUCCACCAUUGCUGCCCGCAUUCCCAUUUCCAUGUGCAACGUGGAAAAAAGUGAGGAGGAUGAGGAAGAGGAGGAGUCAGACCAGAGUGGGAAAGAAGGUCCAAAGCAGCAAUUUGUAUCUGAUAGCCGAGUCUGUUCUUUGUAA